AGAGCCAGGGGGAAAGCCUGCCCCAUCAGACCCUCCCGGACCCCACUGCAGAGAUGAGCUGCCUGGCCAGGUCCUUAGGGCUGGGAUCCCAGGUAAGCCGGGCAAAGGUCCCACCUCCAACCGGAGACCGACACCCUAGAACACCGUGCUGCCAAGUGCGCGGACAAGGACCAUGGAGGCAUGCUUGUGUGGUCCCCGCACCACAGCGUCCCAGACACCAAACUGGAUGAAUAUAUCGCCAUUGCAAAAGAGAAGCACGGCUACAACGUUGAACAGGCGCUGGGCAUGCUCUUCUGGCAUAAACACAACAUCGAGAAGUCCCUCGCGGACCUGCCCAACUUCACGCCCUUCCCGGACGAGUGGACGGUGGAAGACAAGGUCCUGUUUGAACAAGCCUUUAGUUUCCACGGGAAGAGCUUCCACAGGAUUCAGCAAAUGCUUCCAGAUAAGACAAUUGCAAGUCUUGUAAAGUAUUACUAUUCUUGGAAAAAAACUCGCUCAAGGACAAGUUUGAUGGAUCGCCAGGCUCGUAAACUCGCCAACAGACACAAUCAGGGCGACAGUGAUGACGAUAUGGAAGAAACACACCCAAUGGACGGGAACGACAGUGACUAUGACCCAAAAAAAGAAGCCAAAAAAGAGGGUACUGCCGAGCAGCCUGUGCAGACCAGCAAGAUCGGCCUGGGCAGGAGGGAGCACCAGAGCCUGCAGCACCGGCACCACUCCCCGCGCGCCAAGUGCCGGCCUCCCAAGGGCAUGUAUCUGACCCAGGAGGACGUGGUGGCUGUUUCCUGUAGUCCCAAUGCAGCCAACACCAUCCUGAGGCAACUGGACAUGGAGCUGAUCUCUCUAAAGCGUCAGGUUCAGAAUGCUAAGCAAGUGAACAGUGCGCUUAAGCAGAAAAUGGAAGGUGGAAUUGAAGAGUUCAAACCUCCCGAGUCAAAUCAGAAAAUUAAUGCCCGUUGGACCACAGAGGAGCAGCUCCUAGCAGUGCAAGGUGUCCGCAAAUAUGGUAAAGAUUUUCAAGCUAUUGCAGAUGUAAUUGGCAACAAGACUGUUGGCCAAGUGAAGAACUUCUUUGUAAACUACAGGCGUCGGUUUAACUUAGAGGAGGUAUUGCAGGAGUGGGAAGCAGAACAAGGAACCCAGGCUCCUAAUGCUGAUGCUUCCGCUUUAGGGGAGGAGACAGAAAGUGCUUCUCACGUGCCGUCAGGGAAGAGCACUGAUGAAGAAGAGGAGGCACAGACCCCACAGGCUCCUCAGACUCUGGGUCCAUCACCUCCUGCCCCACCAUGCCCGCCAACACCAACAGCCCCCAUUGCCACCCUGACCCAGCCUCCACCUCUUCUCCGCCCAACACCGCCUGCCGCCCCUGCUCUGCACCGGCAGCCUCCUCCACUCCAGCAGCAGGCUCGCUUCAGCCAGCCCCGGCCAGCUCUCAACCAGCCUCCACCACCGCUCAUCCGCCCUGCUAACUCCAUGCCGCCCCGCCUAAACCCCAGGCCAGUGCUGAGCACGGCUGGUGGUCAGCAGCCACCUUCACUCAUUGGGAUCCAGACAGACUCACAGCCCUCACUGCACUAAGCGAGUUGGACAGAGUGGCAGGCCUCUCACCAUCACUGAACCAGUGCUCGUCCAACUGACCCAAAAGAGGACAGCCAGUCCUUCCCAGACACCGAGGCUGCAGAUCAGCCAUCACACAGCUCUGCUGACCCCUCCAGCAGGCCCCCUCUGCUGGCCUCCUCACUAGUGUGAGCUCACGGAGGAAAAGUAGUCUACACACCAGGGGAGGUUUGUUUGUUUUUACUGUAUUUAUUUUGUUGAGGUUUCUUAUUUUUCUGCUCUUCCUACUCAAAGCUGUUAGUACAGAAAUACUGACUUAGAAAUUGUAAAAACUCCUUAAGUUCCUUAAGGGUGUUUAGCUCUUUGCUUUUUCUUUAAUUUAAAUUUAAAUACACACACACACUUUCCUAUGUUAGGAGUGCAAGAAUACAUAGCCUGCAUUUCAGAUUUUGAUAUGUUCAUAUUUAAGAAAUUAUAGCUUCUUAUCCCUUUUUUCAAAAUGUGUUGCUUUCUUUCUAAAGGAACUCUAAUAUAUUCCUUUAAAAGAAAGCAAUUAAAAUCAAUUGCAAAGCAAUUAUAUAAAACCACAAAGAAUGUAUUGAACCUGCUAAUCCUUUAACACAGUUUGGGGUCCUUAUGUAAAGUCCUUGUUUAAAGGUCAUUGACCCUGUUAUCUUUCAGUAAUACAGGUUUGGAAUCACAUGCAGAAAAAGGACUUAAAAUUUGGUGACAUAUAAUGUUUUUAAGUUCUUUGAAAAUGUUAGUUUUGAAAACAAUGUUUCUAAACACUUUUUGCCGUUAGCUACUCUCGGCCUGUGUGGGAAUCCAGAACAUUCUUUUGUCAGUUCUGUAGAGGCGGUGGUUAUGGAAACAUUUAUUUACAAUUUCUCUUCUGAACUUCAAGUAGCCCUCACUGGUAGGGUCUGUGUUUAACAGGAAGGGUGUUUUUUUCUUGAUAAAUCUCUGUCCAUCUACACGUGUGCUUGCCACCGUGUGCUUGGGGUUUGAUUUAGGGCUAAAUCAUCAGCAUCACGUCACUAGAUGAACUUGAGAAUUUGUUGUGUUAUUGCAAUAAUUGUGCCAUUAACUAAAGUACUUAGACCCACUUUUAUGAAAAAGCAGAGACUUAAAGUCUUUAGCGCCCACGAAGAACACUUAUGGCGGAAGCAUUGCAUCGCCCUGUCACCGGCGGUCCUGGUGGCGUGACCUCGUCCUGUAGCAGGGCUUAUUGCAGAGGGACAGUUGGGUAGGGCCACAGGCUGUCCACAUCAGAAGUGCCAUCUAUUCCCCAGCUAUUGGAAAAACAGUCCCUUUCUGGGCUCUGCAGCCUGAAGGAGCCCUGGGUUUAAAUUCAUUGUCAGUCUCCAUUUUCAGAGUUCCUUCCUAGAACCCUUCAUCCUGCCACACUGAAGGUGGCUUUCAGGAGGAGCCCAUUCUUACUGGAUCACCUUAAUAGUUUAUGCCCCAGAUAAAAUGUAACUGAUUUAAAAAUAAUAUUAAAGAAUUUAUACUUAUUUUUACUUUAAAAGCCAUGAAAAACGGUUGUGUAUCUUAAACUGUCUAGAGCAUUUUCAAAGCCCUUGUCUUGUGUGCGUGCAUAUUAUACCUUGACAGCUUCCGUUGUCUCGUCUCCUGUCGGUAACCUUCAGUACAGUCUGUGGGGAAUGUCAGUCAAGUUGGUCAGCACCAGCGUCCGUCCAGAUGUGCGGUAUCUGUGGUUCAUUUAAAAUCUGUGUGUCCCAGACGUGGGCCGGGCGCUUGUCGGAGGGAUGUGUUGCGGCUGUAUUUGCCAACACUAGAGCACGCAGUAGAAAAGUCGUAGUUUCCUUAGUGAUGGGACACGUGCAUAGUCAGGCGUCUUCAUUGUGUGCUUUGCAUAUUUUGUAAAUACUUUGCACGUCAUUAUUUCCCUUUUUUGUUUGAGCAGUGUUUGGCCUGGAAGAGUAAUAUGCUUGCUGCUUAAAGGAUUAAAGAUUUAAAGGUGUCCAUGUCUUCUAUUUUUACAUAACCUCAUGUUGUAUAAAAGUUGAGGACCUCUUCACUGUGAAAUUUAAAUACUGGUUUUUAUAUAUAUAAAAAGCAAAGCCUAGAAAUUCUUAA